AUGAAGCGUCUCCUCAAGGCCUCAAAGAGGCACCCUGAGGCGAGUGCUGCAGCUCUCGAGUGUUCGGCUGCAAGCCCCACGUUUGGUUUCACUUUUUCGAAUAACUCCCAGGGUGCUUCGGCCGCGGCGGCUGAAUUAUCAACAGCGCUGGGCACUGCCCUUGACCAGAUAGACUUAGAUGGUGACCUCGGAGACCGGUUUAAGCAUUUGGUCGAUCAACUAGACCAGGAAGCGUCCAAUUACGAGAAUUCGAAAAUUGGCAAGGAGGACACCUUCAACAUUUGGGAAUGCCGGCAAGGGACAGCACAUCUUUUGUCUAUUGCAUGGAAAUGCGCACUUUGGUCGUAUGAUCCAGCAGGUGACAUGCUGGAUACAGAAUAUUGUCGAUUCCGGAAAGAUCACGUCGCUUCAGCCUCGAUCGGAGGUACAGUCAAGGCGCUGUCAUGCACGGUCGUCGAGCCACUUUCGGGAAGGGGUACCUUGAACACUUUCUUGCCCGUUCUGGUGAUUGCCGUUCGCGGAAGCGCAUCCAAGAUGGACCACAUGGUGAAUGCGAAUGGACGACCGAGGGACGCGAACGGGUUUAUUGAUCCCAGUAUCUCAGGUCACCAUGACUUACUGGCACACUCAGGCUUUUUGAAUAGCGCUGAAGCGUUGGAGAGCAUUGUUUCGCAAAGUAUUAGCCGGUAUGCUCAAAAACAUACCAGUGGCGAUAUCCGUGUGUUGUUCACGGGUCACUCUGCUGGCGGUGCCGUUGCCUCUUUGCUUUACCUUCACUAUCUUUCGCGCGAGGAUUUAAGAUCAUCUAUCCGAUUUUCCUGUAUUACAUUCGGUGCGCCGCCCUCGAUCACGGCAGAAGUCAAAUCGCCGGGAUGUAACCGCCUCAGCAGCAAUAACGAAAGUCUCUGUCUCAACAUAAUCAACGAAUUCGAUCUCGUCAGCCGCGCAGACCCGCCAUAUAUUCUUUCCAUAGUCAAUAUCUUCAGGUCCAUGUACGGACAACCUCCAUUGCUGCCGUCGGACACGAAUCUAGGCUGCGAUAUCCCAUCCCAGCAUCCGACAGCACCUCCCCCAAGCGAGCCGGACUCUGCGGCUCGUACGUUUUCUCAUAAGGCCUACCUUGAGAAUGAGAAAUCUGCUGCAUUCGCAGCGAAGAUUUGGCCAGUUCCUAGACCUCUCUAUUAUCAUGUUGGCAAGAAGGUUGUUUUGCUCAUGCGGCUGGAAGAGGAUGACGUCCAGAUGAAGGCAGUCCAGAUUCUGACCCCGGCUUUUGAAAAGCUCUUGUUCUGCCGGGUGGCCGUGCAUAGUAAGAUAUGCUAUUCUGAGCGGAUUCAAUUGAUCGAAAAAGGGCGGUUCAAUGGCUACGACAGCUGGGAACGCAGGCCUCAUUGA